UUGGACUCUGGUUGUGGUUAGCGCGACUGCUCUCGUGCUCGCUGACAGUUGUAUCUGCGCAGACACCCAGCUGGAGAGAGGCAAACAUGGCACCUGGAAAGAAAAACAGAGUGUUUGUCAUUGGUGUGGGAAUGACAAAGUUUGAUAAGCCAGGAGCCAGAGACAACUAUGACUACCCUGAUAUGGCCAAGGAAGCAGGUGAACGAGCUUUAACUGAUGCAGGAAUCCCAUAUACAGCCAUUGAACAAGCCUGUGUGGGAUAUGUCUAUGGGGACUCCACAUGUGGGCAGAGAGCCAUUUACCACAGCCUGGGCCUGACCGGGAUCCCAAUCAUCAACGUGAACAACAACUGCUCAACAGGCUCCACGGCUCUCUACAUGGCUCGCCAGCUGAUCCAAGGAGGUCUCUCUGACUGUGUGCUUGCUCUUGGUUUUGAGAAGAUGGAGAGGGGCUCUUUGUCUGCCAAGUUUAUGGAUCGGACCAAUCCCAUGGACAAGCACAUGGAGGUUAUGAUCAACCGCUACGGGAUGGAGGCAGCACCGGCGGCACCACAGAUGUUUGGCAACGCUGGCAGGGAGCAUAUGGAGAAAUAUGGCACCAAGCCAGAACACUUUGCCAAGAUUGCCUGGAAAAACCAUAAACAUUCCACCAAUAACCCCUAUUCCCAGUUCCAGGAAGAGUACAGUUUGGAGCAGGUGAUGAAAUCCAGGAAGGUGUUCGACUUCCUUACUCUCCUGCAGUGCUGCCCGACUUCAGACGGUGCAGGAGCAGCCAUUUUGGCCAGCGAGGCCUUUGUCAGGAAGCACCAUCUCGAAAACCAGGCAGUGGAGAUUGUGGCUCAGGAGAUGGUGACUGACCUCGCUUCCACAUUUGAAGAAAACAGCUGCAUUAAGAUGGUGGGAUACGACAUGUCUCGGUUGGCGGCUAAGAAGUGCUUUGAAAGCGCAGGUCUGAAGCCAAGUGAUGUCAACGUGGUCGAGCUGCACGACUGCUUCUCAGCCAAUGAGCUCAUCACUUAUGAGGCUUUGGGUUUAUGUGCAGAAGGUAAAGCUGGAGAGCUGAUUGACAGGGGGGACAACACAUAUGGAGGCAAGUUUGUGGUCAAUCCAAGCGGUGGUCUCAUCUCUAAGGGACAUCCUCUGGGCGCCACAGGUCUGGCCCAGUGUGCAGAGCUGUGCUGGCAGCUCCGAGGGCAGGCCGGCCGGAGGCAGGUCCCAGGAGCAAAAGUGGCCUUGCAGCACAACAUUGGAUUGGGAGGAGCUGUGGUUGUGACACUAUAUAAGAUGGGUUUCCCGCAGGAGGCAAGGUUCCUCAUUGGUGCAGCAGCCAGCAGCUCAGGCACUAGUCUGGAGGACUUUAAAGCUUACCCCAUCUUCAAGGAGAUUGAAAGACAUCUAAAGCAGGAUGGAGAGAUGCUUGUCAAGAAGAUUGGUGGGGUGUUUGCUUUUAAUGUGAAAGACGGUCCUGAUGGCAAAGAGGCAACUUGGGUCGUGGAUGCAAAAAAUGGCAAAGGUUCUGUCUCCUGUGAGCCGGGUGAAAAUGCAGACUGCAUAUUUUCCAUUGGUGACCAUGAUCUACCAAAUCUGAUGACAGGAAAGGCAAGCCUACAAAAGGCGUACUCUGAAGGGAAGCUGAAGGUCCGCGGGAACGAGUCCAUGCUCCUGAAGCUGCACAAACUCUGGAUAACGCCACUCAAUGCCAGGCUGUGAGACUUUGUGCUCACUUUUUCUUCAGUUCAGAAUAUGUGGAAAAACUAAAGUUUUUCCAUUCAAAUUUUACUAAUUAACAAGUCCAUUAAAUUCUUUAAUACCAUAAAUAGUCUCAGUAGACAGAAAACAGAACUUUAUUUCCAGCUGCUACUUUCUAAUAUCAAAGCGUAAAGCUUAAUUUUGUGUUGAAGUUGUUGGUCUGAUCUGAAUUUUGAAGCAUCAGUGAGUUUUUAGAAGUAGAAAUCACAUGACACGCCAUGUUUUAUUAAUCCUACAGUCAGAAAACUCAAUGUGCCUCUUCAAAGUUAAGCUGCUUGUGGUUUAAAGCUGUUUUGAAUUUAAUUAUUUUCAUAAAUCCUUUUGCAAGUAAUCUUUAAAUGAUGGUAAUUUUACUGAUUAAAUCUUUUCUGACAAUUACCUCUGGAGUUUUCCUCCCUGAAAGAAAGACUUGAUAAGUGAUUUAUGAUAUGAAUAGUAUGUGAUGAUGAAAUUCAAGCAGUUUUGAUAUUAUGGUUCACAGUUAUUGUCUGAAGAUGAUUACUUUUAUUUGAACAGAAAUAAGUCAUAACAUGAGAUCUCACAUACUGUACCUGUUUUUGAAAUGAUGUAAAUUUUUUAUUGUUUUUAAAUGAAUAAAUAACUUGGAAGUAUUGGGGCCUGGAAAAAUCAGUUUUUAAUAAAUAGUAAUCGAGCUGAAAGGCUAAUUAAAAUCAGUGCAGUGAUAUGUAGCAGUGUAGUUGUGUUGGCGUGGCAACACACCACAGUGACUGUUUUCACAGAUAAAGGGAUUUCACUCGUCUCA